GUGGAGUCGGUCUGGACAGGAGCCUGGGGAGGGACGAUGGUGCCAAGCCAGUCGUCGGGGAGACUGGAGAAGCCGCUUCUCUUCCUGUGCUGUGCCUCCUUCCUCCUGGGGCUGGCUUUGCUGGGCAAAGACAUCGCCCCCGUUGCUUACUUCUUUCUCGCCUUGGGUGGCUUCUUUUUGUUUGUCUGCCUCCUGGCCUGUUCUCUGGAAUGGGGAUUCCGAUCAAUGCAGACGGAGAACCCAGGGGCCUCGGGCAGUGCACGAGACAAUGAAGCCUUUGAGGUGCCAACCUACGAAGAACCUGUGGUGCUGGAAUCACAAUGCCGCCCCCAGCAGCUGGAUCAACCACCCCCCUACAGCAGUGUUGUAAUCCCUCCAGGACUUGAGGAAGGACAGCCUAGCCAUCCAGACGGCCCCAAUAGAGCCAGACAAGGAAGGCGAGUUGGCUCAGAGGGGUCUGUGACUGGAAGAGUUCCAGUCAGCCUCCGGCUUCGGGGAACCCGGGUCAUGUCCACUGCUCCUGAUCUGCAGAGCUUGGGGUUGCACCCCACGUUGGAGCCUCUUACUCCACCCCCCGCCUAUGAUGUCAGCUUUGAUCAACCGGAUGAUGAUGUUUUCUUUGAAAACAACUGGACACCCCCCUAA